AUGGAGGAGCCUGUGGCAGUGACUUCACAGAAGCAUGACCCGGCGUGGAAGCACUGCCAGAUGUUCAAAAACGGUGACAAGGUUCAGCUCAAGUGCAUAUACUGUGGGAAGAUUUUCAAGGGCGGCGGCAUUCACCGGAUCAAAGAGCAUCUCGCGGGUCAGAAAGGCAAUGCCGCCACUUGCCUCCGAGUCCAACCCGACGUGCGCCUGCAAAUGCUCGAGAGCCUGAACGGGGUUGCCGUGAAAAAGCGGAAAAAACAGAAACUUGCAGAGGAAGUAUCGGUAUACGACAGUCCUGGGCCCCACGGUGCUGAAACCCCAAACAACUGCGGCCCCUUGAGCACGGAGGUCGUUUUGCUCCCCUUACCUGAAACUGCCGAGCAUGAACCGGACGUGUUCGUGAACAGAGAGGACACCAGUGGAAGAAAGAAGAAAGGGAGGGUUCGGAAAGCCCCGGAUGCUUCUUAUCCCUGUCUUCUUCCCAUGAACAACUCGAGGAAAAUAAGCAGCACUGUCAACAUGGCCGUGGGCCGGUUCUUCCAUAACGUGGGCCUUCCCCCUGAAGCCGUGAUGUCGGCCCACUUCCAGCCGAUGCUCGACGCCAUAGCCUCCCAAGGGCCCGGGGUCGUUGGCCCCACUUACCACGAUCUCCGAGGCUCGGUCUUACGGAACCUCGUCCACGAGACGAGGGGCGAGUUCGACCGAUGCGCGUCGGCCUGGAUGAGGACCGGCUGCACGGUCCUGGCGGACGAGCGGAGCUCGUCCACUGCCAGCAAGACAUUUGUCAACCUCUUUGCGUACUGUCCCGAGGGCACGGUUUUCCUCCGAUCGGCCGAUGUGUCCCACGCGCCCGACUCUUCCGACCUCAUAUUCGAGCUGCUGAGGUCAGCGGUAGAGGAAGUUGGCUCGAGAAACGUUCUCCAGGUGGUGACGGGCUCCGAGGAGAAGUAUAUUCUCGCUGGAAAAAGGCUGGCUGAGGUCUACCCGACCCUCUUCUGGGCCCCAUGCGCUGGCAGGUGCAUCGAUCAGAUGCUCAAUGAUAUGUCACAAAUCCCCUCUGUGGCUGCAGUGCUCGAGCAGGCCAAAUCGGUCUCCAAAUACGUGUAUUCGAGUGGGCCUGUCUUGAACAUGAUGAGGCGGUACACGUUCGGGGUUGACCUCGUUGACUUGGGCCCGACCCGCCCGUCUACAGAUUUCAUGACGUUGAGGAGAAUGGUGGGGAUUCGGAACCACCUGCAGUCAAUGGUCACGUCCGAGGAAUGGAUGGAGAGUCCUUACUCGAAAAGUCCAGGCGGGUUUUCGGUUUUGGAUACAGUCAGCAGCCAGUCGUUCUGGUCAGCAUGCUCGUCAAUAACUCGUAUAGUGGAGCCAAUUUUACGUCUUUUGAGGAUAGUGAACAGCGGGAAUUGGCCGGCCAUGGGGUAUGUGUAUGCAGGGGAUGCUCAUCUUCGCAUUCGGUCAUUGGUGUAUGAUUGCAUAGAGAAAUUGGUUCCUGAUCCGACGGUCCAGGAUAAGAUUAUGAAGGAAACAGCAGCUUACCAUGGAGGUGCGGGAGACUUUGGUCGAAAGAUGGCUAUCAGAGCUAGAGACACUUUGCUUCCCUCUGAGUGGUGGCUAACUUAUGGUGGAGGAUGCCCUAAUUUGGCUCGAUUAGCUAUCCGCAUUCUCAGUCAAACUUGCUGCUUGAUCCAUCAUAAGACUGAUAAAAUUCCUCUCGAUCAAAUGCACGAGACGAAAAAUUGUUUGGAACAUCAGAGGCUCAGUGACCUCGUCUUUGUCCAGUACAACAUGUCCAUGAAGCAAAUUGUUACUGGCAACAAACUACCCAAAGCCGUUGAUCCUAUUUCUUAUGAACACAUUAACUUGGUUGAGGAUUGGGUUGUGGAUAAUAAAGACUUAUGCUCAGAGGGCUCUGAAAAUACAGAAUGGAUGGCCGUCGAUCCACCUUUGGGUAAUGUUAUGUCCCUUGGCCCACAAACUGAUGAUGUUGAGGCUCUCGGUGCAGGAUUUGAUGAUUAUGAAAUUUUUGACCGGGUGAAAGAUGGUGAAGAAAACGGAGAAGACAAAAUCGACGACCAAAUAGGUUCGCCGGCGAAAUUUCCCUUGAUAAAGGCAGAGGAAGAAGAUGUGGAUAGAGGCUAA